AUGCUGGAGCCCAUCUACGUCUGGCUGGGCCUCGUCCGUGUCCGCGUCCGCGCUCCAUGUCUUGCAGACGAGCAGCAAACGGAGCGACAGGCGGAGCGUCAGGCCGAGAGAAGUCGGUGGUACGGCGAGUCGCCAGGCGAGCAACAGGCGCAGCAGCAGCAACGAGAAGACACACGUAGCACUACUCGGCAUUCCAAUGGGGCCCAGCAAGGCACGGCCGAAGCUCCUCUAUGGUCUGCAUCGCAGAGCGACAGCGCUGGCCGAACCCAAGAUUUCCCAGCAUCGACUGCCUCCAUUCCCCAAAUCAGGCGGUCCAAACGGAGCAUUGACGACAUCAGCGACUCGGAGGGGGGCGGCAGCGAAAGACGCAUACGUUUCGACGCCUCGGUGCCCGGGCCGUCGAAUCUGCGCAAUAGACAUGGCCUCGGCUGCCAUCUGCCUUGGUUAGUCGGCCUCGGUCUCGCGGCCUGGGAGGAGGCUCAGUCGGGUAAGGAAAAUUCGCGGGACGGAGCGGGCCCGACCUCCCCGCCUGGAACGUCUCAGUUUGAGCUUCCCCAUCGGCCGUCCAAACGCCUCCGGUCAUCCCGCGGCAGCAGCCCCCAAUCAUCCACCGGGAGCAGCCCAGCGAGCGAGAGAGAGUGCAGCAUCGAGGAAGCCAGCCGGCUGCUCGCCUGCCCGUUCUACAGGCACGACCCCGCCCGGCACCACGGCUGCGUUGGGGACCCGACACUCAGCGACGCCGACGCGGUCCGACACGUGGUCUCGCGGGCGUGCAAGCCGCCACCAGAGCCGCCCGCCGACCUCCAGGUGGGCGUCUCUGCAUCGCAGGCGGCCGAGCUGGCGGUACAGGGCGGGCGUGGAGCGGGUGUCCGGGUGGACCCGGCCACCAGUUGGGAUAAUAUAUGGGACGUCUUGUUCCCCGGCCGGGAGAAACCCGCCGAGUCGCAGUUUGCGCCCUGGAAGGAAAGGGAGCUCUGGAAGCAGGGUUACGGCUAG